AUGAAUCUCAUCUCCCUCUCUGGGUGGCUUGCUUUAUGGGCUGGUAUCUGUUCUGCCGCACCGGCAGCACUGGCUCUGGAGAAGGAAGUCUCCUUUAAUGAAACAUCCGCAACCCUAUUAUCCAGUAGGUCUAUCGAGAAGCGGGAAGUUUUCUUCGGUUGCAGCAAUUCCGACUUCUCAGGAACCCUCACCCAGGCGAUUCGAGAUGCUAGCACUAUCCGGCAGAUGUCCAACAUGGUAGCCCACCUAGAGCUAGCCAUCAGCCUCUACAACGAGGACGGCUCCGGAAACCUCAAGGCUAGCAAGGCGACUAGAGCGCAGCGCACUUUUGACGAACACAAUGCGUUCGCUUCCUACCUCAUGUUUGUCACAAAGCACUACUUUGGCCCUGACGAUCCUCGAAACAAGAACGGCCUGGAAAAGCUCAAGGGAACGAGGGACAUGGCCAAAACAAUACAAUCGCAAUACGCAAAUUACCUUGCAGCUACCGGGAAGAGAAACCCCUCUCUCGCAAAAGAUGGGUCAUACGUCUACUGGAUCUUUCAAACGAAAGGUACACUGUAUAACGAAGGCAGCUGGGUGCCAUACAAAGCUGUCUGUGCACUCCAGGACGGGGCCGAUCAGACACGCUUCGGCGGCGUGCCCGCCGUUUCGGGAAUCAAGGCGUAUGUGUACGGAGCGGUCUAUGGUCUAGUUCAGGAGACCAUGGUCUUCUGUCCGUUGAAGUUCGACAAAUGGACUGAGAUCGAAACUAGCCGGAUAGGGAGCGGUCUGCACUACCGCGACCUGCAUGUUGAAAUCGGCUCGAGCCCAAAUACGAACCAGAAGAGUGCCAUAGAGAAACUGCUGGCUCAGCCUGACUUCAUUGGAAAGGAGGCCCGGGGUAUAAAGUGGCUGUCCGACUUCCUCGUGUCAACCGUGAUCCACGAGUCGACGCACGCGGAGGCGUUCGUCGGUGGAGGAGGCAAGACGCUGAUUGACGUGCAAUGCACUAGCCCAGCCCAGAAUUCGCUGGACCCUGCGUGUAUGGGUCGAAUCGCCAAGGGGACAGACGGCCUUGACAAAGACGGCAAUACACGAGGGCACAAGGACGCAGAAGCAUUUGCUAUUUACGCCAUGGCAACGUGGGUCAACACGGUAUAUUGGUAUGCCGGUUAUUUGCCUAAGGAUAGAAAUACUUAUAAGGGUUAA